CCAGUAACAUAAUAUACAAUUCGUCUCGCCUUCUGCUUUCACGUUGAGGAAGAGGGGUCAUAGAGAACCAUCGUUGGAGGAGUGCUGCAUGGGUAAAACAUGGCUGCUGUGAAUUCAUCAGAGAGACGCCAGGGCGACCCCAACGAUGAGCUGGGGGACCCGGGGGGUGUAGCACAGAAAUGCGAAUCAUUUGACUAUAAAUCGACAGACCCCGAUAACACUUUUGCUGUUGAAGAAGACAGAAUUCCCAAGGGCUCAAAUGAAAAUAGAGAAUCUAUUAUUGUUACCGAUGGGCUUGCUAGCCAGACUGAAAGUAGCAUUGCGCUUCAAGCUAAUGAUAGAUCAGAGAUAGGUAAUGAGUUGGUAGAUUUAACAUCUUCUGAAGAAAAGACCCACAACACCGAUGUUUCCUUCAACAAGCAGCGGCAUUUCGAUUGGUCUGAGACGGAGGACGAGGAAGACCGCACGGAUGCAAAAGAGAAUGGAAACGAUGUUCAUAAUGGUGACAUGGGGAGGACUCAUGAGGUGCAGCAGGAUAAGAUUACUGAAGAUAUCUCAGAUGCAGAGGAUGUGGAAAAGGAAAAAUCACAUUCUGACGAGGAGAUGGAUAUAUCAAAAGACACAGGUGAAGAACAAGAUUGUAAUGGAGGAAAGGGGGCAGAGGAGGAAGAAGAAGAAGAAGAAGAAGAAGAAGGAGGAGAACAGGACCAAACAGUGAAAAGGAGGCAAUGUAGUCUGGAGUGCAAAGACUGUGGGAAGAGGUUCACCCGUCGGGAGACAUUCAACCUCCAUCGUCACUUCCACGCUCACCAGGAUGAACUGGCCUCACUCACCUGUAAGGAGUGUGGCCUUACCUUCCAUCACCGCAGCAGCCUCAUCAAGCACCGCAGUGAGCACCAACAGAAGGUUGAACAGCCUGUGGAGCGGAAGAGGAGAAGGAGCCCACAGGGAGUCCACAGGGAGCCCACAGGGAGCCCACAGGGAGUCCACAGGGAGGAGAGGCCUGGCUUCCAGUGUGACCACUGUGAAGAGACUUUCCCAUCACUGAGCAAACUGAGGCUCCACACCUGCGACUGUGCCCCGGAUAAGGCGUACCGCUGCCCCCUGUGCCGCAAAGAGUUCCGCAUGAAGAUCUCCAUCACCAGCCACAUGCAGACCCACUCCCUGAGCUCCCACCCCUUCCGCUGCCAGGAGUGCCACAAGAGCUUCUCUGACAUAUUUUCCCUGCGUGACCACCAGGGCUCCCAUGCCUCCCUCAAGCCCUACGCGUGCCCCGAGUGUGGCAUGGUGUUCAGGCACCGCUCUGUCAUGGAGGACCACCGUCGGAAGCACACAGAGGACACACAAGGCCCCCACCGGUGCAACAUCUGUGGGAAGCACUUCAAGUAUUCCAGCCUCCUGCAACAGCACCAAUACCUUCACACAGGUCAGAAACCCUUCCGCUGCCCAGACUGUGGAAAAACGUUUGCCUUAGCCCAGAACAUGAAGGCGCACUGCCGCCAGCAUAGACGGCACCCUCACACCUGCUCUCUUUGCCCCCUCACUUUCCCUGACCAGGGCAGUCUGCAGGCUCACGUGUCAUGCCACGAGACAGUCGGGGGACUAGACAAGGAGAACACAAACCACGGGUUGGAGCCAAAACGUACAUUCAACUGUCCCCUCUGUCCUCAGAACUUUCCUUCACCAGCUGACCUGAGGGCUCACAUGCUGAUCCAUGAAGCAGAGCAUGAGAGGAUGGAGAACGGGGCGUGUAAAGACUGGGAAACAGACCGUUACACCUGUCCACACUGUCCUGCCACCUACUCUGACCAGUCUAAUAUGAUGGCCCACCUGACAACUCACACGUCUGCCCGGGUCAGGGUAGAGAGGCAGGGUAAUGGACUUGAAGUAGGGAGAUCUGCUCCACUUAACACUGCCAACGUCCCAGGGAGGUGGCAUAGGGAGGAGAUGAGUAGUAAGCCUUUAAAGUGUCCAGACUGUGGCAAGUCAUUCCGUCACCGCUCUGUGUUAACGUUGCACAUGCGUAUUCAUUCCAAGGACAAGCCUUACCAGUGUAGGGUGUGCAACAAGUCCUUCAGAUUCAACAGCUAUCUGCAGCAGCACAUGAUCAUUCACACCGGGGAGAAACCAUACAAGUGCCCAGACUGCAGCAAGGACUUUGCUUUCCUGCAGAACAUGAGAACCCAUCAGAGGCUGCACACACAGAAACCGUUCCGCUGCACAAAGUGCCGUAAGGGAUACAGCGACGAGAAUCAGCUUCAGCGCCAUUUGCUGUCACACAACGGCGAAAAGCCCCACAAGUGCCACCUCUGUGAAAAGAGCUUUGGGCUGGCCUACCUGCUGCGGGACCAUCUGAACACCCACACAGGCGAGCGGCCCCAUCGCUGUCAGGAGUGCCUCAAGACAUUCCCCUGGCUCGGCAGCCUGCUGGUGCAUCAGAAAAUCCACGCUCGAAAGCGCCAGGGGUCGAGUCAGCCUUAUUCUUUUCCAAUGGCCAUGAGGAUAAGAGGCAGGGGUAGCAGGGGCCGGAGCGGAGGCAGGCUGGCAUCAGGCUGGCCCAGGUGGAGUGGAAUGGGGCAAUCAGGGUAUGGACACGCCCCAACAAACACCUCCAUAUCAAGUCCCAAUGUCAAGGAGUCCUGAGUGGCAGAGGAGGCCGGCCCAGCCACAGCCAACCAUGUUUUCAUCCCAGAUGGAUAUGCAGCAGCCAGGGGAGACGUCUGCGAGAAGGCCUCCACCAGUCCACCAACAGUGGCGGGUGGAAGGUGGAGAACUGAGGCCUGUCCCACUGCCUAACCAGUCUCAACCGUCUCAGGAUCCUGAAAGACAACCAGUGCAUGUCCAACAGCAGCCAUCUCCACAAAUACAACCACAGCAGGUACCACAGUCUCCACUGGUACAACAACAAGUACAGUUACAGCUACAGCUACAGCCACAUCUACAUCCGCAGCUGCGCCAACAGCAAGUUCAGCAUCAUUUACAGUCUCCGCUGAUCCAACAGCAAUUACAGUGGCAGCAACCAGGUGGACAGCUCCAGCCCCAGCUAGUACCACAACAGCAGUGGCAGCCUGACAGACAGUUGCUCCAGCAAAAGCUGCCCUGGUUACCAGAUGCUCAGCCCCGGCCCACCCCACCACAGCAACCCCAGCAGUGGCACUCAGAUGGCCUGCCUCGGCCACCCCCAACAACAGCAGAGGAGUUCAGGCAGGGCAGAGGCACCUACAACAUCACAGCCUGGCCUUAGUGCAUCUCAGAGCCUAGAAACCCCCUCCAGGGAGAAAGUGGAGGGACUAUGCCCUUGGGUAACAAAACACCCCCAGUGGCCGGGCCACAGAAUCCCAGCCCAUUAGCUGUGAGUGAGCAGGAGCAACACAGGCAACAGCCGAAGCCCAUGAACUGGGGUAACACACCCACUACACCACCAGUCCCCACACUGAGCUCUGUUCAGCUUGACUUCCCUGGGUCCCCCAUUUACAUGGAUGGGGCUGCUUUGUGGGGUGGGCUGAGGACCUCUCCAGCAGUGCCACCAUCCCAGAGCACAUCAAACAAACUGGGCCAAGAGCUUAACCUGCCAAGAUGGUCGAGUGUCUCAGUGCCAAUGCAAAAAGCUGUUAAUGAAUCAUCCACACCUCCUAGAAAAGAGGACACUCGAGUUUGGGACUUUAAUGCACCUCUGGUAAUGUCCCCAACUGUUAGUUCAUCAGAGAAAGCUGGGAGUGGGCGUGAGCAGCAGAAACAGUGGUCUCCAGCUCUACUCAGUACAUCCUCCUCAGCUCAGAUGGGCCACAGCUCUGUCAUGUCAAUUUCAAGCCCUCCAACUCAUGGGAUUGGAGGUAGUCCCUGGGAUUUCAAAGGAUCCCCCUCAACAAAUCAGGCCUUAGCCAGGAGUUAGAGCAGCAGCAGCAAAAACAUCUAUCUUCCAGCUGGACCAAUGUACCCACAUCCACCCAGAACGUUCCCAUCUCCAUUCAAUAUGACCCACAACGUUUCACUCAUGGGGUGGGACCCACUGUAUGGGGUUUCCAAACCACUCCAUCUGGCCCUCAGCAGCAGCCAAUGGUAACAGGCACUCAAAUCAUCAUAAAUCAGACCUCUCCUUUCUUCUCUCCUCUCCCUCCGCUCCCUCCUCUUAGUUUGCCUGGCUCACACCCUCUUCACUCUGUAGCAGUCGGCUCUCUACCAAGGCCUCCACACCCAAACAUUUUCUUCACACCACAGGCUGUCAUGAGUGAGAGGCCACACAUGACACAGACCCUGUCGCUACCUCAGCUCGCCCCACGGCCUGUUCCUCACAAACUGGGCCGUUUGCCUUACGCCCCAGACCGCCUUCUCCAGUGCAUGAUCUGUGGCUGCUCUCUACCCCGGGAGUUAGACUUGCAAAUGCACUACAUGCAGCAUGCACAGGGAGAGAUUUGACACUGGCAAAGAGUGCAUCUACUACUCUGUUUUUCCAAAUGUUUUUAAUGUACAUUUAUUUUAUAACUAUAGCAAUUUAGCUGUGUUUUGUGUCCAUUUUGGACAUUGUCCAUGUUGUUGAUCUCUCACUCUAUAAGAAAGGGUCAGAGACUCUCAAAAAGUGUAUAGUUUGUUAACUGACAACUGUGCUUGAUGCGAACCAGGGACCCUCUGCACACAUCAACAACAGUCAACCACGAAGCAUCGUUACCCAUCGCUCCACAGAAAAAGCGAGGUCUCAGAGCAAGUGACGUCACCGAUUGAAACACCACCGCUAACUAAGCUUGCGUUUCACAUCCGUUACACUUGAUAAAGUUUUCGGAGUUCACAGCUUUGCCUUGAACUGCAAAUAACUUAGAAAUAUGACUGUGUAAUGGAUUUCUUGGCCAGUACCAUCAUAUUUACUCUGUUGUAAACAUAAACUGGGUGAAUCCAUGCUAUUAGGUACACCACCCCGUUCACAAAAAUAUUUUGCACCUAUAGACAGUGAGUCACCUGGCCGUGGCUUGCUAUAUACAGUGGGGCAAAAAAGUAUUUAGUCAGCCAACAAUUGUGCAAGUUCUCCCACUUAAAAAAUAUGAGGCCUGUAAUUUAUCAUAGGUACAC